GGGGUGUCCGCUGGUGUCGACCUCCGACCGCUCUGAAUGUUCUCUCGGCUCUGUCCUGUCACUGGGGCCGCUCUCUAAGGCACAUGGUGUUAGUGGACCGUUCAGUAACCGAACAUAUGCUGCCAUGAUUGCUUUGUGUCGCCUGGUUCACAGAGGGCUGCUGAGCAGCCGGCCGUCGUGCCGUCUUUUCGCCGGACAGGUGGAUGCGUCUCUCCCGGUCCGGACAGCCAGCUCAUCCAGUCCUGUCAACUUGACCUACGAUGUCUUUGACGGUAAGGGGGAGAGCACGCCUCUGGUGUUUUUGCACGGCCUCUUCGGCAGUAAAUCCAACUUCCAUUCAAUAGCCAAGUCCUUGGUGCAACGCACCGGCCGAAAGGUGUUGACUGUAGAUGCUCGUAACCACGGAAACAGCCCCCACACCCCUGAGCUGACCUACGAAGUGAUGGUUGCUGAUUUGAAACACCUCCUCGGCCAGCUGCACAUCGAAAAGUGCGUCCUCGUCGGCCACAGCAUGGGGGGAAAAACCGCCAUGACAACAGCUCUGACACAGCCGAGCUUAGUGGAGCGGUUGGUGGUCGUGGACAUCAGUCCAGCCCAGACCACCACACGUACAAACUUCCGCUACUAUAUCCAGGCUAUGCAGGAGAUGAAGAUCUCCACCGACAUCCCCAGGUCCACUGCCAGACGGAUGGCUGAGGAUCAGCUCCGAAGUUUAGUGAAGGAGCACUCUGUGCGUCAGUUCCUGCUGACCAACUUGGUGGAGGAGAACGGACAUUACUCCUGGAGGGUCAACCUGGAGGCCAUUGCUGCUCACCUUGAUGAAAUCAUGAGUUUCCCCAGCCUUGACUCUGUCUAUGAGGGACCAACGCUGUUUCUGGGCGGGGCCAGCUCUGCUUAUAUCAGCUCUGACGAUUACCCAGAAAUCCAAAGGCUGUUCCCCAACGCCGACAUCCAGUACAUCCCAGAUGCUAGCCACUGGAUCCACGCAGACAAGCCUCUAGAUUUCAUCAGCUCCAUCAUCUCCUUCCUCCAGUCUUAGCUGCCUCCAAGCCAAGCCUGCAGACUUUCCUUGUUAACGCUCAGCCCUUCUGAGCGCGGAGUGGAGUCCAUAACGAUCCUAACGUUCGCCAACGCAGGACCAAACCCACUCUCCUGCUGCAGCCAGUUUUACCUUUUUAACCCUAUCAGUGGUUGUAGUGUAGAUGACUUUAAUUUAUUCUCCCAGACACUUAGUGGUUGUAGAUUCUUCAGCUUGUUGACAUGUUUGAGUUGAUUUUUAGUUUAGCAUCAUGGGGCUAUUUUCGGAGGUAAUGUACUAAUCCAAAGAAACUCUCCUUUGCACUGUACUUUCUUUGUGUUUGGAUAUAGUAGAUCUCAAAACAUACACAACCCUGUUAGAAAGCCAUAAGAUAAUGAAUUUUAUGAUGCAUCCAGUAAAAGAAUCCCUAUUCAGAGGAUAAAAAAAAAAUAUUUUCGAAUAAAUUGAAGCAGCUUUCAAUUUUAUUUUAGCUUUUAAUCCACUUUAGUAACAGUCUGCCUAAACCACUUCCUGACAUGAAAAUAUUUUCCCAAUUUUGUUUUACAAAACUUCCUCCUUGAGUUUACGUAUCUCAUUUACAGCUCUCUGUUUUUAGAUGACUCCACAGAUUUUAAAAGCCAAAAUCCUGUUUUUCAACCAUUUGAAGUCAUAUUUUUGGACCCAGUGUAACACUUAGGCUUUAAUCCCUCCAUAAUCGUAUCAAUCUGAAGAGAAGUAGCACCCACAGCAUGACACAGCCACUGCCGUGUUUCACUGUAGUCAUGUUGCUUUGUGCCAAAUUCAUCUAUGAAAUUCUGGCCUAUUUUUUGUUU